CUCUGCGCCUGCGCGAGGCGCCCAGGGGACGGGGGUCGGACGCAGAAAUGGCGGCCUCCGUGUUGUACAGUCGCUUGUUGGCUGCCGCCGCUUUGAGGAACCACCGGCCCCAGACGACGCUGCGGGCGGCUGCCCAGGUUUUGGGAAAUUCUGGAUUAUUUAAUAACCAUGGACUCCAAGUACAGCAGCAGCAACAAAGGAAUCUCUCUCUGCAUGAAUACCUGAGUAUGGAAUUGCUGAAAGAAGCUGGGGUCUCUAUUCCUAAAGGAUUCGUGGCAAAGACAUCAGAUGAAGCUUAUGCAAUUGCCAAAAAAUUAGGUUCAAAAGAUGUUGUGAUAAAGGCACAAGUUUUAGCAGGUGGGAGAGGAAAAGGAACAUUUGAAGGUGGCUUCAAAGGAGGAGUGAAGAUAGUUUUUUCACCAGAAGAAGCAAAAGCUGUUUCCUCACAGAUGAUUGGGAAAAAGUUAUUUACUAAGCAAACGGGAGAAAAGGGCAGAAUAUGCAAUCAAGUUUUGGUCUGUGAGCGGAAGUAUCCCAGGAGAGAAUACUACUUUGCAAUAACAAUGGAAAGGACAUUUCAAGGUCCUGUGUUAAUAGGAAGUUCACAAGGUGGUGUGAACAUUGAAGAUGUUGCUGCUGAGACUCCCGAGGCUAUCAUUAAACAACCUAUUGAUAUUGUAGAAGGCAUCAAAAAGGAACAAGCUGCCCAACUUGCAGAAAAGAUGGGAUUUCCACCUGAUCUUGUGGAUUCUGCUGCAGAAAACAUGAUCAAACUUUAUCAUCUUUUUCUGAAAUAUGAUGCAACUAUGCUAGAAAUAAAUCCGAUGGUAGAAGAUACAGAUGGAACUGUGUUAUGUAUGGAUGCAAAGAUCAAUUUUGAUUCUAAUUCAGCCUAUCGCCAAAAGAAAAUCUUUGCCCUUCAGGACUGGACCCAAGAAGAUGAAAGAGACAAACAUGCAGCUCAGUCAGAUCUCAACUAUAUUGCUCUUGAUGGAAAUAUAGGCUGUCUUGUAAAUGGUGCUGGUUUAGCUAUGGCUACAAUGGAUAUAAUAAAACUCCAUGGAGGGACUCCAGCCAACUUUCUAGAUGUUGGUGGUGGUGCCACAGUCCAACAAGUAACAGAAGCAUUUAAACUUAUAACAUCAGAUAAAAAGGUACUAGCUAUUCUGGUCAACAUUUUUGGAGGAAUCAUGCGAUGUGAUGUUAUUGCACAGGGUAUAGUCAUGGCAGUAAAAGAUUUGGAAAUUAAAAUACCUGUUGUGGUACGGUUACAAGGUACACGAGUUGAUGAUGGUAAGGCAUUGAUAGCAGAUAGUGGACUUAAAAUCCUCGCUUGUGAUGACUUGGAUGAAGCUGCUAAAAUGGUUGUAAAGCUUUCUGAAAUAGUGACCUUAGCUAAGCAAGCCCAUGUGGAUGUGAAAUUUCAGUUGCCAAUCUGAACUGAUAACCCAGUGGAUGAUUGACAAUGUUACAUGUAUUAUCAUCCUUCAAAAUACUGUGUUCUGUGUUUUGCUCCUUUUCUUUUUGUGGAGACCAUAAUUGCCAUGUAGGCACACAAACUUUAGAGAGCAUUUCGUCUGCAUUUAAUUUGGCUGUUCAGAAUGGACUGUUUGUAUAAAGAAUAUAUAAUGCAAGUUUCUAGGUUAUUUUGUUUCAGUCAUCUUUUGGUUCUCCUACCGAAUGUCACUUGCGAUAUGCCUGUUUAUUGUUGGAUACAAGAUUCUCCAUUGAUGUGAAUCCUAUAAAUAAAAUAAAUAUAAAGAUAAAGCUUUAUUCUUUAAUAUUAAAAUGUACUAUAUAAUCUAGCUCCUCCAGUGUUAAAACACUGUUUUAUAUCAGAAGUGUUUUAUCUUCAGCACCAAAUAAAUGCACACUAAAUAUAUCAAUCACUGUUUAUAAACAGAACUUUCAAACACUCCUCAGAAUAUUCUUUUAGAUAUUUCAGUAAGGUAACUUGUUAAUUAUUAAAUCCUUGCAAAACACCGAAAGCUGCAAGUUUUCAUGGUUCUGUGGUGUUAAGAAACAUCUGCAGGUUUGUAUUAAAUUCAGAUAUAUUUGCAUAGACUUGGUAGACAAAAUUAAGAAUGUCAAUUCAAGUUAAUAAAAAUUUCAAAAUGUGA